AUGACCUUUGUCUCUUUACUCACUAUCUCUAUGGCCACUCUUAUGGCUAAUCUCAUUGGUGCUCAUGCCUUCAUAGCUGCAUACUUUGAUUCUUCUGUAGCAGAUAUCAUGGAGCUCCAGAACCUUAUUGUUGCUGUUAACCAGGCCAUUCCUUACUUGGCAGCUUAUCAUGCUAGUCUCAUGUAUUUCAAUCUGUGUAACUCCCAUUACAGUAUGCCUUUCUAUCUGGAGCUUGCUAAGAUUGUUCAGUGUAUUUUUAUCUAUCUCCAAUCUAAGGAGUGGAAAGCCUCAAUGCUUAUGAAGGUGGAGCAUAACAAUUUCCCAUGGGAUUAUAAUGCUUCUCUUCUCCUGUCUGAGGAGCCAGAUUAUAAAAAUGGGAAUCUAUCCUCUAUUCUCUAUCAGCUCCUGCUCUCUUUGCAUGCUAUCUCUGCUCUCUCUGCUCCAGUGGUCAUUGGUCCUACUGUCUUAGCCCCCAAGAUCAUGGAAUCUGAGGCUAGCUCAUCUGAGUUUCAAGAGAGCCUAAGGAUCACAGUGGCUUGCAAACAUCAGCAGGGGACAGAAAUCUUGGCUCCUACUGUACCUGACCCUGUCUCUAAAAGAGCCAAGCUUAUCCUUCCUCCUUCUGCUGUAGAGAGCAAUAGGCCUGCUGGCUCUUUUCUAUGCUCAGUCAGUAUCCCUGAUUCUGCUAGUGAGAGGCCUGAGGGUGCUUCCAUGAAGAUCAUCCCUUUGGCUCUGAACUAUCAGUUAUCUCUCUCUCCUCAUGUGUAUCAUUCCCUGACCACCAUUGAUCUCCAGUUCUACAAACCUCUUUCCUGUCAGGUCUUAGAAUCCAUGAAGCUUUCCAUGCUUCCUGUUGCCUCUGACUCUUUGACUAAACCAUCUGCACAAUUGCACAGUAGCUGA